UGUUCUCUCUCUCUCUGCUAUUCUCCAUCUUCUCCAACAAAUCAAGCUUUUAAAUUCCUGCAAAUUGAAACCCUUAACACAGAAUUCACACUUUCUUCAUUUCUCCAUUUCUCACUUCUCGAUCAUUACUUCUUGAUCAUCAUCGUCGUCAUCGUCCAGAUUUACUCGCAUCUAUAUGGCCGAUACUCCAAGGUAUCGACGCCGGUGGUCGAUCCCUACCUACCUUUCAUCACACAAGACAUUCCUAACACUUCUCUGGGCUAUUACAUUCGUUUUGAUUGUUCUUUGGCAGCGUGCUGCUGUUGAACGGAUCCUGUUACUCCGCCGUAACUUCCUACCAGUGCGGCCCAUUCCUCAGCUGCGGUCAGUGGUGUUCAAUUUAACUGAUUUUGGUGCUGUUGGAGACGGAGUGACGCUCAACACGGAGGCUUUUGUAAAGGCGGUGGAAGAAAUAAGGAAGAGAGGCGGUGGACAGCUUAAUGUUCUUCCUGGACGGUGGCUUACUGCGCCUUUCAAUCUCACUAGUCACAUGACGCUAUUCCUGGCAGAAAAUUCUGUCAUUAUUGGUAUUGAUGAUGAGAAAUACUGGCCACUUAUGCCACCUUUGCCAUCAUAUGGACGUGGAAGAGAGCAUCCUGGACCACGUUAUGGUAGUUUAAUCCAUGGCCAGAAUUUAAAGGAUGUUGUCAUAACAGGGAAUAAUGGUACAAUAGAUGGAAAUGGUAAACUAUGGUGGGAAAAGCAUCGCAAAAAACUUCUGAACCACACUAGAGGACCUCUUUUGCAGAUUUUAUGGUCAAGGGACAUUCAUAUAUCUGAUAUAACUUUUCGUGAUUCUCCAUUCUGGACUAUUCAUCCCUAUGAUUGUUCUAAUGUCACCAUCCGCAAUGUGACAAUUCUAGCACCAAUAUCUGGAGCACCAAAUACAGAUGGAAUCGAUCCUGAUUCCUGUGUUAAUAUGGUAAUAGAGAACAGCUACAUAAGUGUUGGUGAUGAUGGAAUUGCAAUUAAAAGUGGUUGGGACCAGUAUGGGAUUGCUUACGCCCGUCCUUCAAACAACAUUCUCAUCCGUAAUGUCAUUGUACGCUCCAUGGUAAGCGCUGGCAUAUCAAUAGGAAGUGAGAUGUCAGGUGGAAUUUCAAACAUAACAAUUGAGAAUCUUUACGUGUGGAAUUCAAGAAGGGCUGUCCGAAUAAAGACAGCAGCAGGCAGGGGUGCCUAUAUCCAAAACAUAACCUACCGAAACCUAACACUAGACAAUGUCCGAGUUGGAAUCGUCAUAAAAACCGACUAUAACGAGCACCCAGAUGAAGGCUAUGACCCCAAAUCACUUCCUAUUAUUAAAAAUAUUAAUUUCAUCGGAGUUCAUGGUCAAGGAGUCCGUGUGCCUGCUCGUAUAUAUGGUAGCCAGGAUAUUCCUAUUCGGAAUGUCACAUUCAAAGACAUGAUGGUUGGGAUAACUUAUAAAAAGAAACAUAUUUUUCAAUGCUCGUUUGUUACAGGCCGUGUGAUAGGAAGUAUAUUUCCAGCUCCUUGCGAGAAUUUAGAUCAGUAUGAUGAACAGGGACGGUUGAUUAAAGAAUCAACAUCUAGGAAUAAUGUAGAAACAGAUUAUGAAAUCUGAGAUUGCAGAAAACUUACUUGUUCUGAUUAUGGUUCAGUUAGAAGCGGUUCGGUUCAUCGGAAGACAGUCUUUGUACAGACAGGUGCGUUUUCUUUUUCUUCCCUACCCCUUAGAAAUGUGAUAUACAUCAUGGAACUGAUAUUCUGAAUGUUCUCUAUAGCCUUCAUUUUGGGAGUGUAGAUUACGAUAAUUCGGCUUUCUUGUGUAUACAACAUAAUCCCGGAAAUGAAAAUAUGGUGUAUGGUUGAAAGGGGGUGGCAAUUUUGUCUUUUU